CCUGCCCAGUCCCUGCUCCAGCAGAGCGUGAGUGGGACGGAAACCCCGUGGAUCGCACGGGAACGCUGUGCUGCGCGCCACAGUCAGUCAGUGAGUGGCAGCUGAACUGUACAGCCGGAGACAGACUCUCAUUCACAGAACCAAGCAGCCAUGGACAAGAGCCAACAAGUGCAGAGAGCCAAACUGGCGGAGCAGGCCGAACGCUACGAUGACAUGGCUGAGUCCAUGAAGCAAGUAACCGAACUUGGAGAGGAACUGACCGACGAGGAGAGAAACCUGCUCUCUGUGGCCUACAAGAAUGUUGUGGGCGCUCGCCGGUCCGCCUGGAGGGUAGUGUCCAGCAUCGAGCAGAAAACUGAGGGCAGUGACAAACAGCAGAUGGCUAAAGAGUACCGUGAGAAGAUUGAGACAGAGCUGAAGGCCAUCUGCAAAGAUGUUCUGCAUCUCCUGGACAAGUUUCUGAUCCGCAACACUUCUCCAGCAGAGAGUCAGGUGUUCUACCUGAAGAUGAAGGGAGACUAUUACCGCUACCUGGCAGAGGUCGCCACAGGAGACGAGAAAGCCAAUAUCAUCCAGAAGUCUCAGGAAGGCUACCAGGCCGCCUUUGACAUCAGCAAAGACAACAUGCAGCCCACUCAUCCCAUCCGCCUGGGCCUGGCUCUCAAUUUUUCAGUCUUUUAUUAUGAGAUCCUGAACUCUCCAGAGCAGGCCUGUGAACUGGCCAAGAAGGCUUUCGAUGAUGCCAUUGCUGAGCUGGACCAGUUAACUGAAGAUUCGUAUAAAGACAGCACACUCAUCAUGCAGCUACUUAGAGACAAUCUGACACUGUGGACCUCUGAUAAUCAGGCCGACGGUGAGGACACAGAGGAGGGCCGGGAAAACUAAAGCCAACUCUACAAAGAACCUUUUCAGUCAGCACAGCGAGAGACAACACUGACGCUUUUACAGUUCCAGCUUCAUACUCACCAGCCCGUCAUUUGUGUGUGUGUGUGUGUGUGUGUGUUUGGAUUUGAGAGUGUGAAGGAAAGACUGUGUUUGUGUACGUGUGUUUGUUUGGGGGGGGAGGAGGGGAGGAGGGGGACAAACAGAAGUUGUUUGUCUUUAAAAUGUGUUAAUUGUGGAUUGGAGAAUGCAAUAUAGUUUGUUGGCUUGAUGUGUGUUCAUGUAAAAAUGCUCACUGGGAUGCUUCUGCAUCACUGAUGCGAGUCACCAUGAAGCCAACAUCAACUUAGUUGUAGGUGCAUAUGUGAGAGAAAGAGUGAGUAUGAAACCGUUUGUGAGUUUGCUAGGGGAGCAAUUAGUGAUGGGUUUCUUGUUGCUUAGACUGAAUUCUUCAUUUUCAUAAAGAAUCGUGGGAAAUAAACCAAAAGUCAGUAUGAACGAAUACUUGUCAGAUUGGGCUUGUGCAAGACAUUCUACUUCUGUUGUCAAGUGUUUGAUUUCUCAUUGGUGAAUAACGCAUCCAAUCUCUCUGUUAACCAGACCUAAGAUCAAAAAGACUCGACACAUGGCUUAUACUGUAACUUUGAUAUAAAAGUCUUGUUACCGGAGUAACGCUUUUCAUGUGCUUAUCUGAUUAAUACUGUUUUCUAUUAGGAUUUUCGGUUUUGUUUUAUUUGUACUACUACUUACUAAAUCUGUUUUUAGUUUGUUUUGUUUACUCUUUUGAUACUUGCCUAAAAUGCAUGUGGCUUUAGUUAAUCAGGGUGACUGGAGUUGGCUGAUUGGGCUGCCUAGAAACUGUCUUUGAAUUUUCAUACAGAACACUCAGCAUUAUUGUUAUUUGUUAUGGAGGGUGGGCGGAUGGAUCUGGAUUUCAUGUUAGUGGAAUUAAAACAGAUAAAACACAAA